AUGGCGAGUGCUCAUUGUCCAUUUCGCUGUUCCCAGCUGAUGUUACGCGGCUGUUCAGUGUUGAUGUCUGGUCACGCGUGGUGUGUCCUUCAGACCCUUAACGAGUCAUUUACGCCGCAACUUUGCCCACGGUCAGAAAUCCUUGCGCUGGCAAGACCAAGGUCAAACAAAGUCCAACAGGCAAGCGGCCAUGAAGCAGGACGAUCGUAUCUUUCCAAUUUGACUGUGAGUGCUGUUGUAAUCGGUGAGGCUGCGUUGGUCAAAGUAUCUAUCAAUUUCCAUUGUGAAAAUGUAAAGGCAGAAAAGCUCACGAAAAACGCAUACACAAACGCACGCAAAAACGCACCCUGCGGUGCUCAUUUGCUGUCAAAGGAGUAUCUGGGGGAGCUGGAGAAGAAGCGUAGCAACAAGGAGGCGAUGCGGAUCCAAAGACAAAAGCAAUUGUCAGUCUUCUGGGAGUUGCUUCUGAUAACGAACUGA